GGGAAUUCGGGUUAGGUUAGGUUAGGUCCGAGCGGGUGUCAUCGAGACGAGACGAGUGCGCUUGCACUCAACAAAAUAGUGUCUGCUCUCCUGACUGACACUGGUCACCCUGCUGCUACUACACUGGACGACUCUACAGUUUACUACUCCUACGAAACCAUACGAAAUCGAGAGUGUUUGCUUUUGGAGGUGACGUUUUCAAAAGAACACUUGACUCUUUCCCAACCGCGAAAAACCUUCUCUUCAAGUUCAUUCCCAGCGAUAACCUACAAACAGUGAAUUAUUGUGCCUAGUGAAAGCGAUUUGCGCGUGUCAAUUCGGUUUUGUGACUCAAAUAUCCCGAUCUCUGUUUUCCCCUUUUUCCAAGUUUCAAAGAUCCUUAUUUAUAUUGGGCAGAUAGUUCUCAAAUCUCAGGUCCUGAGAUCUAGAAUUUAUCGAAAAAAGACAGUUCGUAUGUGCUACUGUGAAAGAUAUAGGAGAAUUGUGAAGUUGUAAAAAGUGGAAAUAAGAAUCAACAUAACCUAAGAAUCAGUGAUCAGUGAUCAGACUUGUGAGUGUUCAUGGGAUUGACUCCCAGAGAAGAGAAAAAUCAUUAUGGGAAUUAUUUCAUCAACAUUCGCCUCUUUGGCACUCCAACUUGCCUGGAAUUGCCAGAGACUGCUGGAUCCCAGAUAUAGAAAUGGUGAGGACAAAAAGGCAGUUGAAUAUUCACCACCUCUCAGUAAAGAAGUUACAAAAGUGAACGAAGUCACGCAAACAAAUACGUUACCAAACAAAAGAGUGGAAGGUAAAUUGUCACUCCACCAGGAAAAUCGUAGGAGGAGGGCAGCACAACUCAGAUACAGAGGAAGACCCUCCAGUUUUGAUGCAUCUUUAAUUAGCAGAUGUCCAAAUAAAAACUGUGUGCGAGGUGUGGCCCAGAUUCUCAAUUCCAAUCCAAGUCCUCUGCGAAGACAGAGGACCUUGCCAUGGGAAAUGACAUCAUCGUCUGGAUGCUCUUCUGAUUCAGGUUCCGAUUAUGAAUCUGAUUCUGACUCCGAAAGCGAUUUACGACUAAGCGAGAAUUACAUGGAAAUCACGAAGGAUGGAGAUGCAAAUAAGGAAGUCCAGAUGUCCGCCGCCGAGGAAGCAGCUUUCAGAAUAACUGUUGGCCGCGGUCAUUUCAGUCGCUCGAAAAAGUAUCGUUUUUUGAAUAAUCUCAGGCUCGAGAAGAGACUAAAUGAAAUGAACAACGACUAUCUUGGUGCGGCUUGUCGUGCACACUGUCACACUCUUCCGAGGUGACUUUCUCGCGAUGUUCACAAUCAUAGUUUAAGAUAAUCUAAGAGAUCGCUAAAAAUAGCGAUCGUCAUUUUAUUAAUUACUAAAAAAUUAGAAAAUCUCAGCUGCAGAGAUGGAUACUCAAGCAAGAUUUCUCUCAAAAAGCCUAGACAAACAAAAAAAAAAUAGAAAGAUUGUGGUAUUGUCAUUUUCCAGAUGUUUACAAGAGCUGGUACUAUCGAUUAGACAGUAUCAUACCAAUACCUCCAAAUGAAUUAAAAUUAUUAUUCAGAAUUUUUUGGUGUUCUUUGAAUUUUUUUUUAAUAAAGAAGUUAAAUUUUCUGAAAGAAUGAAAAAAAUACAUGAAAUUCAAAGAAUUAGAAAGAAUUCAAUCUAAAUGCAAAGUAAUUCAAUGGGAGGUAUUGAUUCCUACAAAGAUUUAUUUAAUUUUCUUGAUUUAAUUUAAUUCCAAGUUUAAUAAAUAUAUUGAUUUCUCGAUUACACAUAGGUCUAGUUGAAUUAUUUGUUAAUGUUUGAAUAUGAAAAGUAACUUUUCCUUAAUAAUAAUAAAUAAUUAGUGUAAGCGCGGUGGACUAUUUUGAUUUUGGAAAAGGUUUAAUUUUUAAAAUAGAACGACACACUUUUGAAUGAAAAAAAGACUGAUGUUUUAGUUCUAGUAAUUUCGUAAAAGGAUGUGCUUCGUAAGCAAUUAAAUAAUAAAUAAUAUGUAACUCGAAUCAACACGUUUAGAAUUUUAAGAGCUAGUUCGAUUUUUAAUAAAUAAAAAAAUAAAUCAAUAGGCAUAACUAGUCUCCUCCUUCUGAUGAUAAUUCAGAUUAAAAUUUAGUGUAAAAUUAGGCCUAUUCAAUUUAUAACUUGCGCUUUGUAAAAUAAGAGAGGCAUCUUUAUUAUUAUGGAAACGGAGGGAUAAGAAUCUAAAUAGAGAAAUGUAAAUCUUUCUAAAUUUAAAUCAGUCUAAACGACACUCACCAAAUGGAUCUUAUCUAUUGAUUAAUUUAUUCAAUAAUUUCAAGAUAGUUGACGAAAAACAACAUUUUUAUUUCAUUCAAUUUUGGCUGGCGAAAACAGACAAUUUUAAAUUUAUAUAAAUUUAUCACGCAAUCACUGAAAUAUUAGUCAUUUUUACUCAGCAAAAAGUCAUUUUAACAAAGAAAUUAGUUAAUAUUAAAAUUAACAAUAAUUUUAAGAUUUAGUCAAUGAAAUUUACGGAUUGGACCAUUAAAAAUUACUGAUGUCAUCAGUGAGUCGGAUUUACUGAUUUGAAAAGUCAUGUUUGGCUGAUUUUUUCAGUCGUCGAAUUAUUUAUUUGAAUAAUUGAAAUUGACUGAUUUAAUCACUAAAACUUUCAUAGAUAUAUUAUUUUAAUUGAUUGAAAUAAAUGAUAAAAAUGACUGAUUAGACCAUUCAAAAUGACUGAUUUAAUUAGUAAAAAUUCCUGAUGACCAUUCAGAAUGACUGAUUAAAUUAUUGAAAAAACCAGUGACUUCAUUUAAAACUACUGUUUUAUUAAUGAAAUCUACUGGUUAUAUCAUUCUAAAUCACUGAUCUAAUUAGCUAAAGUUGCUGAUGACCAUCCAAAAUUACUGAUUUUAUCAGUGAGUGAAUAUACUGAUUUAAAAAUAUAAUUUUCCUUGAUUUAAUUCGUAAAAUUUCUUUAGCUGGAUUUUUACAAAUCACUGACUUAAUUUGCGAAAGUUAGUAGUGAAUCAUUAAAAAUGACUGAUUCGAUCAGUUCAAGUUUUUUAAAUAAAUAAUUGAAAAUAACUGAUUGAAUCAGUAAAUUUUUCUGGAUGUAUCUUCGAAAAUGACUGCUUCAGUUAGUCUUUUUUGUAUGGUUAUUGAAAAUGACUGAUUGAAUUGGUACAUUUUGCUGUAUACCAUUGAACAUGACUGAUUCAGUUAGUAUAAUUUUUUUACAGAUUAUUGAAAAUAUUUCAUUGAAUUAAUAAAUUUUAUUAGAUACAUAAUUGAAAAUGACUGAUUGAAUCAGUAGAUUUUGCUGGAUAUAUCAUUGAAAAUGAUUGAUUGAAUCAUUGCAUUUUGUUAGAUACAUCACUGAAAUGACUGAUUAAUUCAGUACAUUUUGCUGGAUAUAUCAUUGAAAAUGACUGAUUCAGUUAGUAAUUUUUUUAUAUGUCAUUGGAAAAGACUGAUUGAAUCAUUACAUUUGGUUAAAUACAUCACUGAAAUGACUGAUUCAGUUAGUAAAUUUUUUCAUAUAUCAUUGAAACUGACUGAUUGAAUCAGUAAAUUUUGCCAGAUACAUAAUUGAAAAUUACUGAUUGAAUCAGUACAUUUUGUCAGAUACAUGAUUGAAAAUGACUGAUUGAAUCAGUACAUUUUGCAGGAUAUAUCAUCGAAAAUGACUGAUUCAGAUAGUAAAUUUUUUGAUAGAUUCUUCAAAAAAAUUGAUAGAAUCAGUUUAUUUUGUUAGAUACACAAUUGAAAUGACUAAUUGAAUCAGUAAAUUUGGUUAGAUACAUCACGGAAAAUGACUGAUUGAAUCAGUGAAACGGACUAAUUAAGAUACUGCAAACGACUGUUUUAAUCAAUAAAAGUUAUUUUAGAUCAUUCAAAACGACUGGAUCACUAAAAAUGACUGAUUGAUUUCAUGAUUAAGUAGUGAAAUUCACUGAUGUAAAAAUUGAUUUUAGACUGAUUUAAAUUUAGAGUCUAGAUAUAGUCAAGGUGAUCGAUCAGUAUGUAAUUCAUAAUCUAUUAAUUUUAGAAUCUGCUGGUCAAGUUUAGGAUUUAGGCGAAUGAAUAAUUUGAAAAGGAGACAAUUUAUAUAACACGCUUUUCAGCUGGAAAGCAUUGAAAUUCUAAUCUUCCGAAUUUGAACGCAAAUUGCGAAAAGAAUUAGAUUUUUAAUGUUCGAAAAUAAGAAGAUCUUCUAUAUUUAGGGCUUGAAUUUAAUCAGAAUAUUAACUAACUUCUCGUAGCUUUUGUAAUCCGUGGUCGUGAGUUACUAAAACGUGGCUCUUAUAUUUGUAGAGGAACUCGGAUAAUUGGGAUUUACUGAAAAACUUGAAUUCUCUGAUUCUUUUAAAUCUUGUGAAAAAAUAUUAAAAGAAAUUUUAUAUAAUUCCAUAUAAUAUACUCCAAGAGAGGAUUUUUUAACAUGGAGCAGAAAAGUGAUAGUUUGACAUCACUACUUCGGAAAAGCGAUAAUUUGUCACCAAUAUACAUUUCUUUAAAACCAUUAAUAUUGUAUAUAAUUAUGUUAUAAAAUUCAACGGCAUAAGUAAUUGAAAGUGAGUUUUGUUAAAAAAAAAAAACAAAAAAAGAUUGCCUUCAAUGAGUUUAAGUAUUAAGUACAUAAGUAUCAAUAUUGACUUGUCCAUUGCUAUUGAAUGUCUUCUAAGCUGAGGCUGACCUUCCAAUUUCUUGUUUUGACAAAGUAUUACGUUGCGCUUGAAUUUGGUAAUAAUGUUUCUGCCUGAUCGGUACAUAAAUGUUAAUUGUAAGCUUAGACGAAAAUCCGUCCGUGGCGGGCGUAGCUGCGUCAACAAUCCGAUAGAUGGCGAUUUAACGAGAUGGUUUCGGGUUUUGGUUAACCUGCUGUCACGUCUUGAAUUAAACCUCGAGUACCUUACUGUAAAAAACUUAAAAACUACUCUCCUGUAUUUUCUGGACAAACCUAUUGUAUUUCUAUUUUUUUUAAUAAAUGCUAGUCAAAAUUCA